AAAAAUAAAAACCAGCAAAGUGAGUCUACAGUGAAUGAAAUUCUGUUGUGCUGAAUGUUUCUGUUCUCCAGUAAUGAGCAGCAUGACUUCAAUUUAACAUGUAACUCAUGUGACUCAUGUGAACGAAUGAAAAACACCAUUCAUAGAACCAAGACUUUUAAACUACGACACAUCUAUAAAUGUUUAUGAGAAAUAUGUCUUAUUUUAAUAAUCAAAACUUUCAGGACACACCCCUUUAUGUUCAGUGAUGUAAAGUGGGUGGAGUCACAACAUCUUGUGCUCACUCGAGAAGCAUCAGUUUAAUACACAGAUGUCCACCGACAUGGCAGCUGACCAGAGAAAAAAACCUGGCGUUGUGAUUAAAGAUGGCUGGACGGGUUACAGUUUGGAGUUGUUUAAUUAUCCUGAGCAUUACAAGGGAGAUCUGGAGUGUGUGUACAUCCCUCAUGGAGUCAUCAUGAACAGGAUCGAGUGUCUGGCCAGAGACAUCCUUGAGGACAUCGGACAUCAUGACAUGAUGGUUCUGUGUGUCCUGAAGGGUGGAUACAAGUUCUGUUCGGACCUGGUGGAGUCCAUCAAAGCUCAGAGCCGCAGCACCAACAGCAGACUGACCACCAGGGUGGAGUUCAUCCGCUUCAAGAGCUAUCUAAAUGACCAGUCCACUGAAGAUCUGCAUAUCAUCGGGCCAGACGACCUCUCCAUGCUGAAAGGGAAGAACGUCUUGAUUGUGGAGGCGAUAGUGGACACAGGAAAGACCAUGAGAGCCCUUUUGCAGCACGUGGAGACUUUCCAACCCAAGAUGGUUAAAGUAGCAGGGCUCCUGGUGAAGAGGGUUCCUCACGGCGCGGCAGAGCUUCCAGACUAUGUUGGAUUUGUCAUUCCUAAUCGCUUUGUGGUGGGUUAUGCUCUGGACUACAAUGAAUACUUCAGGGACCUCAAUCACAUCUGCGUCAUCAGUGAGACGGGGAAGCAGAAAUAUAAAGUGUGACGAAGCUCCCUUCGAGAGGAAUGGACAUUUAUAUUACCGUAACAGAUGAAAAGCUCGCUCUGACACAAGAUUACUGUGUUCUCCAAUCAGAGAUCUGAUAUCUGUAACUGACAUGCUCAAUUAUCGUUGAAAUAUUAUAUAAUUUGUUUUGCAUGUAUUGGGUGAAAUCAUAUCGCAAUACUAAAAACAUGAUAUGAUGUGGAAAACAGACUUUCUCUGAUUGGUUUUAAAUGCUGUAUUCGUGUAAGAGCCCAGCUGUUCAUUUGGGAAAGAAUGACUUUUUUUGAGAGACCAUCUAUGCACUGAAGACAUCGUAUCCAUUCCAAAGCUUACAUCAUUCACUUACUGUAUGGAUUCAUCCAUCCAUGCUGCUUUUUACAAUGCAAACUGUAUAAAAGUAGGUUUUCGGAGAUCAGCAGAAAAACAAAACAGUAGAAUCAGUUAACCCUUGUGUACUGUUCAAAUUAACUCCCCUUUUAUUAUGUUGGUGGCUGUUUUUUCCCUUUUGACUUCCAUUAUAUUGACAUUAGAUUUGAUUGCGAAGACAUGAAUGCAUAUAAUCGUGCAAACUUGACUGUUGGUGGUUUUCCCUGUUGGGAAGAGGUAAAAUGUGUCAUUUUUACUGUUGAUCAUCAGUUGGCAGCAUUAAUCCUUUACAUAGGCCUUUUUAUGUAGUUCUAUAGAGUAAAACGGCAGAUUAUAGUGUGUGUGUGUGUGUGUGCAUUAAUACACUUACUAUGUUCUGAGAGCUGAGCUGCUUAUUUGGAUUUUCUCAGGCCCCCUUUACAUUAUUACGUUUUAGUUUUAAAACACAUACGUUUCGCUAUGGUUAUGUCUUCCGUUCACACUACCCCAGAGUUUUCGAGCCCUGAUAAUGGAGUGUUUUGAAAACGCUGAAGAGGUCAUUUGGUUUUAAAACGCUGCUGCUUUGUGUCAGUGUGGAUUGGGGAAAGCUGAGACAUCUGAAAACAGAGACGUGGCUGCAGACAUUCGCAUCUGAUUGGAGCUUUUUCUGAAUGUCAACCAUUCAUUCAUCCAUUCAUCAAUUCACCAACCCUCCCAUUGAUUUAUUUAUCCAUUUAGUCAUCUUACCACCAGUCCAUACACCCAAGCAAUCACACACCCAUCCUACCACCAUACAAUCCAUACAAACAACCAACCAAUCCUACCGCCUGUCCAACCAUCCAUCCUACCAUCCAUUUACUGUACCAAUCCUACUAUCUAUCCAUCUACUCACACAUCCUACUGUCAAUCCAUUGUCAAUCCACAACAUAAAGCAGUUGUUUUAUAGUAUUGCCAUCAAGACUGGGCACAGAUUUGAUGCUGUAGUGGAAAUGCACUAUAAUGGUACAACGGGAUCCAUCCAUCCUACCAUCCAUCCAUCAAUUAACCAAUCCUAUCAUCUAUUCAUUUAUCCAUUUAGUCAUCCUACCUCCAAUCCAUACACCAACCCACGCACCCAUCCUACUGCCAAUCCAACCCUCUAUGCAUUCAUCCAUUCACCAAUUCUACCAUCUAUACAUCCACCCACCCUACCCCCAAUUCAAUCAUGCAUCCUACCAUCCAUCCACCAAUUCAAUAAUCCUAUCAUCUAUUAAUUCAUCAAUUUAGUCAUCCUACCACCAAUCCAUACACCCAUGCACCCACCCAUCCUACCACCAAUCCAUACAAACAACCAACCCACCCAUUUUACUAUCCUACCAUCCAUGUACGAAUCCUACCCUCUAUUCAUUUGUCCAUUUAGUCAUCUUACCAUCAAUCCAUACACCCAUCCUACCACCAUUCCUUACACCCACCCACCAACCUAUCCUACAACCAAUCCAUACAAAAAACCAACCAUCCAUCCUACCAUCCAUGUACCAAUCCUACCAUCUAUUCAGUUAUACAUUUAGUCAUCCUACAACCAAUCCAUACACCCAUGCACCCACCCACCCAUGCUACCACCAAUCCAUACACCCACCCAUCCUACUUCCAAUCCAUACAAACAAACAACCAACCAACCCAUCCUACAACUUGUCCAACCAUCCAUCCAACCAUUCAUUUACCAAUCCUACCAUCUAUUCACCCAUCCUACUGUCAAUCCAGCUAUUCAUCCAUCCUCCUAUUCGACCACCCACCUAUCCAUCCAUCUAAUAACCAAUCCUAUCAUCUAUCCAUUCAUCCACCCACUUAUCCUUCGACCAAUCCAACCAUCCAGUCAUUCAUCCAUCCAUCCAUCCUUCCCACUUGUAUUCGGUUCCAGAAAGAUAACACAUGUAUUUGCAUUCAAGUAAAAGUGUGCUAAACAGAGAACAUCUGAACAGCCUCGAAUAAAGAUGAUUUAUUGAAAUAUUUUAUUGAAA